AUGGCGGACCCUGCGGGACCCCCAGCACCGCCCUGCCCCGGGGGCUCCUAUUUCUUUGGGCUCCCCGAGGUUGAGCAUCAGGACGCUGCUGUCCCUGCGGCCCCCAGCCUGCCGAGCCCCGGGGCGCUGACCCCAGCGAGGGACGGGCCCCGCAGGGUGCGGAGGAGGCUGCAGCACACCCUGGUCCUGGAGCUGGAUGGGAUCCUGCUCUACUCCUCCCUCCUCGCCCACGGGCAGAAGGAUGCCACAGCCACCUUCACCACCGACUUCCAGGCGAGUUCCUACAAGGUUUCCCAAGAUGCUGUUCCCUCCCAGGUCCACGUGAAGCUGCGUCCACAUGUGCAGGAGUUCUUGGAGAGCCUUUCCAAGACCUACGAGAUCAUCAUCUACACCACUGCGAAGAAGGACUACGCCAAGAAGCUCCUGGAGGUGCUGGACCCCAGGAAGAAGCUGAUCAGGCACUGCCUCUCCCAGUCGGAUUGUGUCUGCUCCCAGGGCUGCUACUGGAAGGACCUGACCUGCCUGGGCAGGGACCUGGCCAGGGUGGUGGCCCUGGACCACACCAUGCAGGGCUUCCCUGCCCAGGCUGCCAACUGGAUCCCAGUGCCACCCUGGUCUGGGGACCCUCAGGAUGAGGAGCUGCUGCGCCUCAUCCCGCUGCUGGGCCAGCUGGGCCAGGCGGAGGACGUGCGCCCCGAGAUCCAGCGGCAAUUCCAGCCCUGCCAGCUGCCCACUGAGGAUUAGGCCUGCCUGGAGGAGCAGGGUGGGAACAGCUCUGGGAGAAGCUGUGCUGGGGGGCAGCCAGGGCCGGACGGUUGUGCCAGGAUCUCCCUUGGUGUUUUUCAUCCCUGGGGGCUGGGGGUGCCCCCAAGGACAGCCGGGGCCUUUGGAGACAAAGCUCCAUCCUGGCUCCCUCCUCCCCUACUCUGUGAGGUCCAGCCAAGGUUUUCACGGUCAUUAUAAGCUU